CGAAUACAGUAGUAAGUCAAAUUUUGCGUGUCGGUCGUGAUUUAUCUAAGAUCCAAUAGCGAGAGUAGCGCCCGCGGUGUGCUAAUGUGCGCCCGGCGUAGCGGUCGCGCUAGAUAGCAUUGGCCAUGGCCACUAGAGCACCGCAUCACGGCUCCAAGAAACCCGCUCUUUCCAAUUCUUCACUCGCACCCCGCGCCCUUAUCACUCUCCUCUGCGCCGUCACUCUCUACUUCUUCUUCUCUCUCUUCCGGAAGGAUGCUCCGCCGCCGUCGUUUUUCUACCCACUGGUGCCUGCCACGGCAAACGGUACCUGCAACUACUCGGACGGACGCUGGAUCUAUGAUCCAUCAAUCAGAUCUCCGCCGCGCUAUGACCACACGUGCAAGGAGAUAUUCGAAGGAUGGAAUUGCAUCGCAGGUAACAAAUCGAACGCACUCGAUAUUAUCAAGUGGCGGUGGAAACCCCACGGCUGCGAUCUGCCGCCGUUUGAUCCACGGAGGUUCCUUGAGCAAUUUCGAGACACCAGCAUUGGAUUUGUUGGGGACUCCUUGAAUAGGAACAUGUUUGUUUCUCUUUUUUGUGCUUUGAGAAAAGUUUCUGCUGGGGUGAAAAAGUGGCGUCCUGCAGGAGCUGAUCGCGGUUUUACUUUCCUUAAGUACAACCUAACUAUUGCAUAUCAUCGAACGAAUCUUCUGGCUCGUUAUGGUAGGUGGUCAGGUGGUACCAGUGGUAUACUGGAGUCAUUUGGUUAUAAGGAUGGGUAUAGAAUUGAUGUUGAUAUACCAGAUGGGACUUGGGUUGCUGCUCCACAUUUCCACGACAUACUCAUUUUCAAUACGGGACACUGGUGGUGGGCUCCUUCAAAGUUUGAUCCAUUGAAAACACCUAUGCUCUUCUUUGAGAAGGGUGUACCUGUGACUCCUCCACUUCCACCAGAUGCUGGGCUUGAUAUGGUGUUACGAUACAUGGUAUCUUUUGUGGAAAAGAAUGCACGGAAAAAUGCUGUUCUAUUCUUUCGAACACAAUCACCAAGGCAUUUUGAAGGAGGCGAUUGGGACCAAGGUGGCUCAUGUCCUCGCUUACAGCCGUUAGCACCAAAAGAGGUUGAACAACUUUUCUCUAUUGAGAGCAACGGAACAAAUGUGGAAACACGACUUGUGAAUGGUCAUCUAUACAAAGCGCUUAAUGGUUCGAAAUUCCGAAUAUUAGACAUAACCCGGAUGAGUGAGUUCCGAGCUGAUGCCCAUCCAUCUGCGGCCGGUGGGAAAAGACAUGACGAUUGCAUGCACUGGUGCUUACCAGGAGUUACCGAUACAUGGAAUGACUUGUUCAUAGCACAUUUAAGCUGCAUUAAAGGUAGGCACUGAUCAAUUCGAAAUGCAUUCGAUACAAUCCUAUUUAUUUAACAUUGUAGGAGUAGUUUUUUUAUGAAAUUUGGUUCGACCGUUGCUGUGACUUAA